CAAACUGUUGUCAGAAACAGCCUGAAACUCAUUACAGCAAGAAAUGUAGAUGUAGAAGCAUGUUUCUCUCUCCUUCAGUGCCUGUUGAGGACCCAAUGAAGGAUAUGGUGGAGGUAAUGGAGGGAGGCAGGGAGGAGGGCUGGGAUAAGAGUCUGCCUAGCAGCAAGCAGGUCACUUUCCUGGUGUACCGAGAGGGAGACCAGCUCAGCUUCUUCCGGGUCGUCGACCGAGGSGAUGGAACUCUGACCCCUGUCUCAGAAUCACUCAGUGGAGGCUCAGUGUACAACAUGUACACGGAGGAGGAGGACGACGACGAGGAGACGGGGGGCUUGGCUUUGGGACAGCUGUCCCUGGAGAACUCUAUCACCAUGAACAAGAUGAAGCUACUCAAAGCCAAKAUGGAGGACAUGAACAUCAACAAGAAGCCUAAGAAGUCUGCCAAGUUGAAACCUCUGUCACCCGUCGGUGCCCGGCCCUGCGGCAACUUUCUGGGGCUCCCCAGACACCACCGCCUCUUCCGUGUCCUGCCCCAGAUCAACCAAUCCCGCCACUCCGCCUUACACUUACCUCCAAUCAGGGACCAGGGAUCCGCAACUCCCUCUCCUCCCGUUGCUACUACCUCCGCCACCCACCUGUCAAUCAGCGGCCAGGCGCCGCCMUAUUUCUCUUCCUCGUCCUGUUACAUGCUUCAGGAAGAGGAGUCAUGGGAGACCAGCCUCAAGUCGAUCCGGACCCCUCCUAAAGUGUCCCGGUUGGACAUCGGCAGCACCAGGCUCAUGAGGGACUGUGUGUACCCGCAGCUCCCCGCACUCCCCAGCAGGGGGCAGGCUGAGGGGACAGUGGAGCUGCCUGACUCCAGAGGAGAGGCACUGGGGCUGGAGUUGCUGGAGGAGGUUGCAAGCCUGCUGGAGCCCACACCGCCUGGAGCUCUGUACGGAAACCUGCUCACAGACCCUCUCAUCCUGGACAUCUCUACCCAGCCAGAGGAGGGUUUGUGCGGGUUGGAUGGGCUAGGACCCCUGGGGGUUAGAGCAGAGCACCAGCUCUCCUCCACCCCCUCUCUCCUCUCCCAAGCUGAGGGGAUGAACUCUUUAAACAACUGGGCUAUGGGUGGUUCUGAUAGGUUAGCCUGCAAAGGUCAGAGGACACAGUUAAUAGGCAACACCCUUGAUCAUUUACCCGACUCUCCUUUCCYCUCUUCAUCUUCCCCCUCUAGUAGAUGGAAACUACCACAACCCUUUGAAUUCACAGGCUCAGUAACGCCAACCCUACAAUCCAAUCCCCCCUCCUCCUCCCGCCCCACCACUCUCUUCUCCCCUGCUCCACCUCUCCCCUCCUCUCUUCCAAGUGGCUCUCAUCUGCGAGGCAUCAAGAUGGACUCCCCAGGCAAGCGGCUGGAGAUGAUGAGUACAAGUGAGGCACGGGGCAUCACCAAGCUGGCCAACCAGGCCUGUAAGAACCCUCUCGGGUCCCUCAGCAACACAGAGCUCCUGGCCUCCCUGUCCUCUUCCUCCAGGACCCCAGUCAGCAGCAGCAGGGAAGGCCUGGGACAGAGCCUGGGAUUCGGGUUGGAGCUGCCYGCUGUUGGGGCCUCCAGGCUGGGCAUGCUAGGCUCUACGGCCCCCUCCCUACAAGCCAACAUCCAGCUGCUCCAGGAGGACCUGAUCCGACGGAUGUCCCCACUACACAGAGCGACCGCCUCUUACAUGGCACCCAACAGCCUGGGAUCAGCUGGAGGCUCCAGUUCAAUAAGGAGACUAGGCCCCCCUGCAUAUCACYUGCCUUCAGUCAAGCUUCCGCUGGCCAAGAAGAAGAAGAAAUCUAAACACUGCUUCCUCUGUGGCAAGAAGACUGGUCUGGCCACCAGCUACGAGUGCAGGUGUGGUAACAACUUCUGCGCCACCCACCGCUAUGCAGAGACCCAUGACUGCACGUACAACUACAAGAGCGCCGGGCGCCGCUUCCUCCAGGAAACCAACCCCAUCGUCAACGCUCCCAAGCUGCCCAAGAUCUGAGCCCCUCCCCAUGUCACCCCUCUAUCCCUGCACUCCUCUUUCCUCUUUGGGAUGGAGGGAUGAAGAGAGAGAAAAUAACAGAUGUACCUGAAUGAUUAAAAACAAAAAGAAAGAAGGAACUUGAUCACCACUGUGUGCUUUUAAAUUGACUUAACUACUUCAAAACGCCAAGUGUGAACAAAACGGAGAACACAGAAUAUUAGCAAAUUAACUUUAGUAGCUAGCUGUUUCCUCCGCUCUGGACAAUGUGAAYGAACUGUUCAUCCGCUUUUCCUCAUACAGUAAUCUUGAUCGUUUUCCAUAGCAGGAAAGUAUUGCAUGUACAUUUGUAGUUUUUAAAGCAGAAUGUCUGUCUAUUUCAUGUUUUAACAGAACAGAAGUGCACGACUCCAAGCGUAUAAUGUUAUAUCUUUAUAUUUUUUGCUUUCUUUAUCAGAUUGUUUCUAAAAAUAGGACUGCAGAUCAGUCUUUGAGAGAUGCACUUUAGAAUUAUCAUAUUUAUAUACCAAUGUUUGACUUAGACAUUUUUUCGAGGGAAGGCUGUUUUGUUUUUCUUUUUGUAAUGAAGUGUUUUUAUGUUGUC